ACUGAGGAGCCCCUAACGCAGCCGGGCGGAUAGAGGCAGUGUCUGUGGAGUCGGCGAGCAGAGAGCAGCAGCAGCAGAGAGUCGCAGCCGCCUUGGGUGUUAGAGGGGAAUCCUCUCUGCUACUCCGCACACCGCUAGCUCCCAGGUGCCCUAUCAUCAUCAUCAGCAGCAGCAGCUACGAUGAGACCUCUCUCUUGGGUCGCUGUGCUUCUGUGCGCGCUUCUCGCAAGAACAGUGAGUGCUGAGGGGGGCAGCGAUUGCGGCGGGGUUGUGGUGGUGAGCUUGCCGGGGUAUCUGACCUCGCCUGGCUAUCCCGAAGAUUACCCCCCGCACCAGACGUGCUCCUGGCAGCUACGCGCUCCCAGCCCCGAGCAGAAGCUGCUCAUUAACUUCAACCCCCACUUCGACAUGGAGAAGAACAGCUGUCGAUUCGACUACGUGCAGGUGUGGGACGAUGGCGAUGAGAAGUCGGGCGACGACUCGGGAAAGUUCUGUGGCACCGUGGCUCCGGCGCCCAUCCUGUCCAGCGGCCCGACGCUGCACGUCAAAUUCGUGUCCGACUACACGACCCAGGGGGCUGGCUUCUCGCUCCGAUACGAGCUCUACAAACCGGGCGUGGACUGCUCGAGGAACUUCACGGCACCGAGCGGCCGCAUCGCGUCCCCCGGGCACCCCCUGGGCUACCCGCCGAACGCGGCGUGCGUGUUCGUCGUCUCGCCGCCCCCACCGCACGCCUACAUCCUCCUCACCUUCCGCACCUUCCACCUGGAGGCCGACCCGGACGACGGCUCGGCCAGCGAGGGCUCGGCCUGCAAGUACGACCACGUCGAGGUGUGGGACGGGCUGCCCACGGUGGGCCUCCUGAUAGUGCGCCUGUGCGGCAGCAAGAUCCCGGACCCCGUCGUCGCUGUUACGGGCACCAUGACGCUCGUCUUCCACUCCGACAACGCCAUCGCCAAGGACGGCUUCUCGGCCUCGUACACCGUGCUGCCGAGCCGGCCGGCCGAGUCGUUCCCGUGCUUCGCGCCGCUGGGCAUGGAGUUGGGCACGAUCCCGGACGCGCGUGUCUCGGCGUCGUCCUCGUACCACACGGGCACGUGGCUGCCCCAGCAGGGCCGGCUCCACCACCCGCUCAACGCCUGGACCCCGGCGGUGGACUCCAACCGCGAGUGGAUUCAGGUCGACCUGGGCAGCCUGAAGAUCGUGACGGCCGUGGCCACGCAGGGCGCCAUCUCGAUAAAUUCGGGCCGCGUGUACUACGUCACCUCCUACCGAGUUUAUGUGGGAGUCACAGGCAGCGACUGGUCGCCUAUCCGCGAGGAACGCCAGCUCAAGCAGUUUGUAGGAAACACGGACGAGAGCACCGUGGUGCAGAACAAGCUUCCGGUCCGUGUGGUGACUCGCUUCGUGCGGGUCAAACCACAGACGUGGGAGAACGGCAUCGCCAUGCGCCUCGAGUUAUAUGGUUGCUCCAUCUCCGACUACCCGUGCUCCGAGAAGCUGGGCCUGAUGUCGGGGCGGCUCCGCGACGAGCAGAUCACGGCGUCGGCGUCGCGCGACGACUCGCACUGGGGACCGGCCGCCGCGCGCCUCAUGGCCCCUCUCUUCGGCUGGGCCCCCCCGGUCAAAGGCACCGGCCACUGGCUUCAGGUCGACCUGGGCCAGGUGGUCGCGCUGAGUGGGCUGGUGGUGCAGGGCGCGAAGGGCCCGCUCGCAUCUUCGGCCGACGCGCGGCUCUUCGUGCGCAAGUUCCGCCUCGAGUACAGCGGCGACGACGGCCACAGCUGGGCCCCCAUCACCAGGGACGGCGCCAGCGGCACCAGCAAGCAGUUUGACGGGAACUCCAACUGGGACAUGCCGGAGGUGCGAAGGUUCCCGGUGGUGACGGCACGAUACGUGCGCCUCUAUCCCGAGCGCUGGGGAGCCGGAGGAGGAGGCCUCCGGCUCGAGCUGCUGGGAUGCACCUUGCCCGGCUGGGUUGAGCCGCCCACGCGCCGGAACGUCUCGUCCAGCGAGGGUCCCGCGGGCCCCCCUUGCCCCCAUGGCGAAUGGCCGCACGGCUGCUCCGGGGAGGACGUCUUGUCGGAGCAUAGCUCCGGGGAGCGAGGAGCGUCGCUGACGACACUUGCGCCGAGACCACAGGCGACAUCACCCCCCGACAGCACCGCCGAUCUCGCGAGAGUGCCCGAAUUUCGAACCGGCGCAGCGGGCAAAUGGAGCACGUCCUCAUCGCCACGCCGGCACCCGGCGCCAACAACGCCACCGUCGUCGUCAUCGCCGCCGCCGCCGCCGCCGCCCACCCCGACGCCGGGCCCCAAGUCGGCGUACACCAGCCUGGACCUAGUGCUCAUCAGCAUCAUCGGCAUCAGCUCACUGGGCAUCGUGCUGGGUGCCGUGUGCGUGGGCCUGCUGGCGUUCUGCACGAGCCCGUGCCAGGCGGGGAGGUCGUCGCCGCCGCCGCCGCCGCCAAACGGCACGAUCACCAAGCCGAGGCUGCCCGCCGGCGAGGGCACGGGAGGGCUGGAGCUGUGCGACGGCGCGGCCAACGGGGUGAGGGGCAAGGUUGGCCGUCAGAGCUCUUCCUCCGAGGCGUGACCGCUGGGGAUCAUCGACGCUCCCCCCGCGGCGUGGAGCUUACGCUGCUGCUGCUGCUGCUGCCGUGGACUUAAUGGGAGGUGCGUGGCAGGUGGCUCUCGUGCGAGCGCAGCGGAGGCGGCAGUGGCUGCGGCACGAUUUGACCCCGUCGAUUUGAACGGCGCUCGCUCGAGGAAUUCUCCACAAGUGACCCUAAGAACUGAACCUCGGCAUUGUCCGAAGUUGCGCAAAUCUCGCAGCGAUGGGUGUGGGUUAAACCCAUCGCUUUUCCUCAAGCAUCUCCCGAACUGUUUGUGUGUCUCCAGCAUUUAUUAUGGAGGCUGAAGUGUCCUCAUAAUUGGUGUUCGAAGCUUUUCCUACUUUUGCAUCAAGCAGGAUUGUUUGGCCCACUAGGUUCAAAGGUCUAAUGGAAGGAAAAGGACACGGUGUAUAGUCAAAGCCACCUCAAUUUUAUGAAGGCAUUAUCACCUGUUGCUCGGAGCACCUUAUCGAAUUAGACGGCCAUAAUGCCUCUAAGGUUCAUAGAGCAAAACUAAAACCAUGUUCCGUUUUAUCGUUUAGAAACAUGACAAAAACAUACGCAAUUGGAUUUUACCGUGACAGGAGAUGGUCGUCGAACGUAGCAAGAGACCUUGGUUUGUUUGUCAGGGGAUGUGUGACAUCACGUCGCGUGUCUGAAAAGGAGAGGGGAAGACUUUGGGUGGGAUUUGUGAACACUGUAGAAGAUGGAGCGCAACCGUUUUCAGCGAUAACAUCCAGAGAAUCCUAAAAAUGAUUCACUCCACAUUUCCAUAUGUUGAAGUCCUCAAUUACAUUUCUAUUCCCAAAAAAUGCUGUCAAUGUGGAAAAUUACGGUUUUCCAUAAAUACAGGAAGUAAAAUUUCAAUUUCUUGCUCUAUAGAAUGACAGAAUUUUUUUUUUUACAAAACUAGCACUGCCCGCGUAUUUACGUGGGAUACAGGGAUGAGGUACAGGGUGGGGGACGGAGGGGGGCCGGGGGGGGGGAACGGAAGGGGAGCGGAAGGGGUGCUGAGGGGAGGCGUGUUGUCAGCACGACUCACGGGCAGCCCUUAAUGCUGUGGGAUGUGGGUGACGUCAUUACGCUGAUGUUCACUGUCGUGACCUGCACGCCAGCCAGCCAGGCAGGCAGCCAUCAACACUUUUUUUCGAAUAUAGUAUUAUACAGGUGGGACCUAUCAGUACAGUCAUCCCUUAAACUCGACCAAAAGGUCUCGGAUUACUCCCUUUCACGAGACUGCAAAUUAAAUUAUAGUUGACUCGGUGUGAAAUAAUGUCUCAAUUACCUUUGUCGCCAUGAGAACUACACCCAAAAUGCCUCAUGAACAUGUAGGCACAUCGGUCACUCCGUGGUGACCAGUUGGUAUUUAAAAAAGAAAAAAUCUGAAUCGUCAGAAAAAAAACUUCAAACGAGGAUGAAAUUUUUGUUGCGAGGAAUUUGUAUUUUGUUUGCUUCUAAGUCGAGUGCUUUCGUCGGUUCGAUAUACUGCGUUGGAGCUGUGGUGGCUGUGCACGCCUGUAAUCCAGCACCGCAGCGGCAAGAUUUGGUGGAUCGAACAAAUGUCCCUUCCCGUAGCGUCGAGGUGCCAUAACCCUGGCUUGCCAGGAGAAGGUGGUAGAGAGAAAAGCGAGGACGAAUAUCAUCUGUCCCUUCCGUGCAGGAUAGACUGUUGCCCCCUCGCACACGCGUGGGUUUUCUCCGGGUGCUUCGAUGUCCUUCCCACGUGCCAUGAACACGGGAUUAAUUGGCUGAAAAUAUCUCGACAUAGAGAGGACUGCAGAGCUUGGGUAAUUGUUGGCGUCGGAUAACUACCUGCCUUCCAAGCUUGUCGGGUGGGUCCUCAACGAUUAUUGGAUGCAAUUUGCAUGAAGGACGCUAUAUAUAAAACAAAAAGGAAUACUUAAUGUCUCUGGUCCGAUUUAACGUAAAUUCCAUUUUAUCUUUUGUCAGUUCCUUUUCUCUAUUCAUACUUUUGACUUUGGUAUUUCAAAGUCAAAAGUUUGAAUAGUGGGGCACUUCACACGGCUGUAAUUUGUCAUUUGUGUCUUUGUCGUGUUCAUACAGCGGCGGUUUGUACAAUGUUUUUUUGUUCUUACUUUUCCUGCGGUUCCUGGAAAUUUGGCUUGAAAAUCAAACCACGUUCAUCUGCAUUUAUGACAUCCGAGCCUGAAAAUUCAAAGCACAUUCGCAAAUAUUUGAUUAAGCUUGUGCUGUGAAUCACGCAUUAAAUAAGGAUGCCGAUGACCGUGGUGUUGAUAAUGGUGACGAUGAUUGAUGAUGGUGAUAAGUUACCUCACUGGGUAGUGGUGGACAUCGCACAAAUUAAACACACAUCGGGCAGAGCAAAAUCCCUUCUCUGUGUUACGUCCAUUCUUUCUCUCCCCCCCCCCUCGCCCCGCAAGAGAAUGUGCGCGUUUGUCCACGCCCGAGCAAAUGCACGUGGCCCGGCAUUUAAAAUCCUGAACUAGAGGGUCACCAGCUUAAAAAUACUCCAGACCUCAAAUCGCGGCCCCUCUGUUCGGAGCCGCCCACCUGCCUUCGGUGAGCUGUCAUGCAUUGCACUUAGACGUUGCAUGCCAGUCGUGUCGGUUAAUCAGCGCGUGUGAUGACACACUUCGGGUGAUGGGCCAUCGAGUUCUUCGCAGUUAAUUGUAGGGGCACCGCUGGUCACACCGUCGGUUUGGAUCUGCCACCGCUGUUAAUAUGGUUAAUGAAAUGUGAACUAACGUAAAUGUGCCUUUAAAGCUCGGUCAAUCGCAUGUAGUUUUUUUUACUUCCUUCACCUUUACGUCCUAAAUAUUAUCCCGUGGUCCGUGAAUGAAACUGGAAUAAACUGUGCAAAUAAAAAAUGUCACAUCCGGAAA